GUGCGCCUGCGCAUAAGAGUAGCGGCGUUGAGUCAGGCAGUCAGUGGAGAAAACUGCGGUAGCGACCCUCGGACCUCGCCAUGAAGACUCGCUUUAGCACCGUUGACCUCCGCGCGAUACUCGCGGAGCUGAAUGCCAGCUUAAUAGGAAUGAGAGUAAACAAUGUUUAUGAUGUGGAUAAUAAGACCUAUCUUAUUCGUCUUCAAAAACCAGACUUCAAAGCUACACUUUUACUUGAAUCUGGCAUACGAAUUCACACAACAGAAUUUGAGUGGCCUAAGAAUAUGAUGCCAUCUAGUUUUGCCAUGAAGUGUCGAAAACAUUUGAAGAGUCGGCGUUUGGUCAGUGCAAAACAACUUGGUGUGGAUAGAAUUGUAGACUUUCAAUUUGGAAGUGAUGAAGCUGCUUAUCACUUAAUCAUUGAGCUCUAUGAUAGGGGAAACAUUGUUCUUACAGAUUAUGAGUACCUAAUUUUGAAUAUCCUGAGAUUUCGAACUGAUGAGUCAGAUGAUGUUAAAUUUGCUGUUCGUGAACGCUAUCCAGUUGAUCAUGCUAGAGCUGCUGAGCCUUUGCUUACCUUGGAAAGAUUGACUGAAAUAAUAGCCAGUGCACCUAAGGGUGAACUACUGAAGAGAGUUCUUAACCCAUUACUUCCCUAUGGACCAGCUCUCAUAGAACACUGUCUUAUAGAAAAUGGAUUCUCUGGCAAUGUCAAAGUGGAUGAAAAAUUUGAAAGCAAAGAUAUUGAAAAAAUACUUGUUUGUCUGCAGCAAGCAGAAGACUAUAUGAAAACAACAUCCAACUUCAGUGGAAAGGGGUACAUCAUUCAGAAAAGAGAAAUAAAACCAAGCUUGGAAGUAGAUAAACCGACUGAAGACAUAUUCACGUAUGAGGAAUUUCAUCCUUUCUUGUUUUCUCAACAUUCACAAUGUCCAUAUAUAGAAUUUGAAUCAUUUGACAAGGCUGUGGAUGAAUUUUAUUCCAAGAUAGAAGGUCAGAAAAUAGAUUUAAAAGCUUUACAACAGGAAAAACAAGCAUUGAAGAAAUUAGAUAACGUCCGAAAGGAUCAUGAAAACCGCUUAGAAGCUCUUCAGCAGGCUCAGGAAAUAGACAAACUUAAAGGAGAGCUCAUAGAAAUGAACCUACAAAUAGUUGACAGAGCCAUUCAGGUUGUUCGAAGUGCUUUAGCCAACCAGAUAGAUUGGACAGAAAUUGGGUUAAUUGUGAAAGAAGCCCAGGCUCAAGGAGACCCAGUUGCAAAUGCAAUUAAAGAAUUAAAACUACAAACAAAUCAUGUUACAAUGCUACUAAGAAAUCCAUACUUAUUAUCAGAGGAGGAAGAUGACGAUGUUGAUGGUGACAUCAGUGUUGAAAAAAAUGAAACUGAACCACCAAAAGGAAAAAAGAAAAAGCAGAAGAAUAAACAGCUGCAGAAGCCUCAGAAAAAUAGGCCAUUGCUUGUUGAUGUUGAUCUCAGCUUGUCAGCAUAUGCCAAUGCCAAAAAAUACUAUGAUCACAAGAGGUAUGCUGCUAAGAAAACACAAAAGACCGUUGAAGCUGCUGAAAAGGCAUUCAAAUCAGCAGAAAAGAAAACAAAGCAAACCUUAAAAGAAGUCCAGACAGUUACCUCUAUUCAGAAAGCAAGAAAAGUAUAUUGGUUUGAGAAAUUUCUGUGGUUCAUUAGCUCAGAGAACUAUCUAAUUAUAGGUGGACGAGAUCAGCAACAGAAUGAAAUAAUUGUGAAAAGAUACUUGACAACAGGGGACAUUUAUGUACAUGCUGAUCUUCAUGGAGCUACUAGCUGUGUAAUUAAGAAUCCAACAGGAGAACCAAUUCCCCCUCGGACCUUGACUGAAGCAGGCACAAUGGCACUUUGCUACAGCGCUGCUUGGGAUGCACGAGUGAUCACUAGUGCUUGGUGGGUGUACCAUCAUCAGGUGUCUAAAACAGCACCAACUGGAGAAUAUUUGACAACGGGAAGCUUCAUGAUAAGAGGAAAAAAGAAUUUCCUUCCUCCCUCAUAUCUAAUGAUGGGGUUUAGUUUCCUCUUUAAGGUAGAUGAGUCUUGUGUUUGGAGACAUCGAGGUGAACGAAAAGUCAGAGUGCAGGAUGACGACAUGGAAACACUGGCAAGUUGUGCAAGUGAACUCAUAUCAGAAGACAUGGAUCAACUAGAUGGAGGUGACAGUAGCAGUGAAGAAGAUAAAGAGGAAUCACACGAAACUCCUGUGGAAGUGGAACUUAUGACUCAGGUUGACCAAGAGGAUAUCACUAUUCAGAGUGGUGGGGAUGAGCUAAAUGAUGAACUGAUUCAGGAAGAAAGCUCUGAAGAUGAAGGAGAAUCUGAAGAUGUAGCAAAAGAUCAGGAACCUGUUGGUGAAAUGAAGGAUGAAGAGGAAGAGACAUUAAAUUAUCCUGAUACUACCAUUGACUUGUCCCACCUUCAAUCCCAAAGGUCCCUUCAGAAAUUGGCUUCAAAAGAUGAAUCUUCUAAUAUGAGUGACAGUAAGUUACAGAGUCGGAGACAUUUGUCAGCCAAGGAAAGAAGGGAAAUGAAGAAGAAAAAGCUUCCAAGUGACUCAGGGGAUUUAGAAGUGAUAGAGGUAAAGGACAAAGAAAAAGAAAAUACUCUACACAUUGAAGCUCAUCAGAACACAAGCAAAAGUGUCCCAGUUGUGCAGCCAAUGAAACGAGGACAGAAGAGUAAAAUGAAAAAAAUGAAGGAAAAAUACAAAGACCAAGAUGAAGAAGAGCGUGAACUCAUCAUGAAAUUGCUGGGGUCUGCAGGUUCAAACAAAGAAGAAAAAGGGAAGAAGGGGAAGAAAGGAAAAACAAAGGAUGAACCUGUGAAGAAACAGCCCCAGAAACCUAGAGGUGGACCAAGGGCUUCAGACAGCAUAAAGAAAGAAACUCCAUCCCUUGAGAUUGCAACUCAUGAGUUACAAGACUUGACCGUAGAUGAUCCACAUGAUGAUAAGGAAGAGCAAGAUCUGGAUCCACAGGGUAAUGAGGAAAAUCUCUUUGACUCUUUGACUGGACAGCCACAUCCUGAAGAUGUAUUACUGUUUGCCAUUCCAAUAUGUGCCCCUUACACCACCAUGACAAACUAUAAAUACAAAGUGAAACUUACUCCUGGAGUUCAGAAAAAGGGAAAAGCUGCAAAAACAGCCUUGAAUAAUUUCAUGCAUUCCAAAGAAGCAACAGCAAGAGAAAAAGACUUAUUUCGCAGUGUAAAGGACACGGAUUUAUCAAGAAACAUUCCUGGCAAAGUCAAAGUGUCUGCACCCAAUCUUCUGAAUGUAAAAAGGAAAUAGCUGAAAUGAAAUCCUAAAAUAUUUGAGAAGAGCCAAUUUUAUAGCCUUUUGGAAGUU